CCCCAACCAUAUUGAUAAUUGUGAAUGACUCAUGCAGUGCAGUGAAGUGCGUGCAGGAAUACCGUUUGCAAAUUAAAUGGGAUUAACCGAGACUAACCAGUCCUAAAAAAUCCACCACGAUGAUGAACACAUUUCUGGACACAGUGUCCUCCCACCCGCACCACCUGGCGAAUCUCGGGAUAAAGUUGUCGCCAACCGGUGGCACAGAGGCGAUGGACGCCAACGUGGGUGUGCAACCGGUGCCAGGUGAAGCGCCAUCCCAGCAGCACCACCACUUCCAUCCCCAGGGCUACCCUCCUCCACCCCAUCAUCCCCAUCCGGCGAGUCACAUGACCCCGCACAUGGGCCACCACAUGGGCCACCAUCCGUCCUACGCGGCGCGUGAUUUUCUCCUCCGCCGUGAGCACGAGUUCAACGCAACAGCCAAUCCGACAACGCCGGAGAGUGGACUGGGAUUAUUUACACCCCUUCAUCAUGACGGCACGACAGCGGGAAUGCAGCAAUUUCCACAUCACCCGGGACAGCACCCGCUGGCCGCGGCGGGCCACUAUCCCGGCCAUUAUGGCCAGGACGCCAGACUACCACCGCAUCAUCAGUAUCUCGGGGCGCCCCAUUUAACCCCAGCGUCGAUUCAUCAUCAGCAGCAUCCAGCGGUCAGUCAUCCCAGUCAUCAUCCGCACGGGGCAUUUCUCAGGUACAUGAGAACUGGCGGCAGCUCGCAGAGACAGGAGAUGUCGUGCAUGUGGGUGGAUCAGGACAGUCCCGGCCCCGGGCGUAAAUUGUGCGGUAAACUAUUCAAUUCACUUCACGAUAUCGUCACACAUCUCACUGUUGAACACGUGGGUGGACCAGAGUGCACUACGCACGCGUGCUUCUGGCAGGGAUGCUCGAGAAAUGGUAGAGCAUUCAAGGCCAAGUACAAGCUCGUCAAUCACAUCAGGGUGCAUACCGGGGAAAAACCGUUUCCAUGUCCGUUUCCUGGGUGUGGAAAGGUCUUUGCGAGAUCGGAGAAUCUCAAGAUUCACAAGAGAACGCAUACUGGAGAGAAGCCAUUCAAGUGUGAAUAUUCAGGAUGUGAGAGACGAUUCGCAAAUAGCAGCGAUCGCAAGAAGCACAGUCAUGUUCACACAUCGGACAAGCCGUACAACUGUCGAGUAUCUGGAUGUGACAAGUCAUACACACAUCCUAGCUCGUUGCGCAAACAUAUGAAGGUGCACGGUAUGACUUUGGGGGAGGGAAAGCUGGGGGGUGGAUACGAGAGUGAGGGUGAGGAGAGCAGCAGCAGUGGUGGAAGUUUAUCGGUGACUGGACACACCGAGUCACCCCAGCCACCGCCUGUAGUACCAACUGUAACACCAGCCAACCCAACGACAAACAACCAUCCCUCGUCAAGGGGGCCAGAGUUGACUGAGUGGUAUGUCUGCCAACCACCGACUGUUGGACCCCAGCACAGCCCAUUGCCCGGCCCACCACCACCCCAUCACCUAGGACACCACUUCAAUCACACCCUUAUGCAUCAUCAAGCGACGGCAUACUGAGCUGACUUGUUUUAAAUGCCUGAAAUGACAUUUCUCGUUGGUAAAUGCAUCGGUUCUUAUUAAAUUAUUUUUUUAUAUUGUUGGAGGACAGCAUAAAAAGUGCAACAUUCAGAGAAAAACACAGCGAAUUCGGUGGAAAAUUCUAUUGACUUUCGAUUGAGAUAUUUUCUACAGAAAUUCUUCGGCGGAAGUUUUGCUUUUAUUUGAAAAAUUAUAAAAUUCAUCCCAAGAAAUUACUGUGGACAUUGUCAAGGCAAGAAACAUUCAGUGAAAUUCAGUAGUAA